GACUCCCUUUGCCCCGGCAGUCUCCCACCCCACCCCACCCCCUCACCUUCGUGGAAGGUGAUGCGCAAUCUACUGCAGGAGGGAGCUCAGCGAGGUGCCUCACUGGGUCCCCUGCUUUCCUUUCCACUCCUCUGGUGGAGCAGCCCGUCACCCUCCCAAGGAGGGCUUUUGCAGGGUUCCUCUGGCCCCCCUUCCCUCCUCCUAUCUUUAGUCCCAGCUCAGUGUUCCCUCAGCCUGGCAGCCUCUGCGUUUAUGCGGGAGGUGAGGUGGUGAGCACAGAGGAGAGGCAGUGUGCGCACUCCAUCCUGGACUCCGGCCCAGCCUUCUCCGCUGUCCGUCCGGGUUCCACUCCGCACGGCUUGCUCCUGUCCGCCUUCCUCAGGCGCAGGCAGCUCCGGGGGGACCCCGUGCGUGCGCCCGCCCGCUCGCCGAGAACGCCCUCCCGCCGGCGCCCGCGAAGAAAGACUGCUUCUAGAGGAGACUGACUUCUGCACACCGGCCACUUCAAAAAGGUGACUGUGGAUGCGCCCAGACCUUUUCUGAAGAGAGCAAAGACCUCUUCAUCUGGGUCUGGAGAAAGAAGAUUCCUGCUGCUCAACAACUGCUGCUUCAGACCUCUGCAGCACUUGCUUGAGUACAACUCCCUGUGAGGAAGCCCAGGCCUCUGAAUUGAAUAACCAACUGAUAAUGUUCCCUCGGCGCCCAAGUGGAAGCACCACACAUCCGUGAACAUGUUGAUACACAGAAUAAGGGCACUCUCCAGUGUCCUACAAAACAGCCUCAUGGCUUUACAUUUAAGCCGCAACCUGACUGAAACUGGCAUGGACGAAUACAUGAAUGGCACCGACACCGAAAAUGGCACCAAACCGGAACCCACCCCGACCCCAGGACCGAUCCGCAAGAACUGGCCAGCCCUCCUGAUCUUUAUCGUCAUCGUGAUUACUGUUGCCGGCAACAUACUGGUGAUCCUGGCCGUGUCCCUGGAGAAGAAGUUGCAGAAUGCAACUAACUUCUUCUUGAUGUCACUGGCCGUGGCCGACAUGUUAGUCGGUUUGUUAGUCAUGCCGGUGUCUGUUCUUACCAUCCUCUACGAAUACACUUGGCCUCUUCCGAAACAACUCUGUCCGAUGUGGAUCUCCCUGGAUGUGCUCUUCUCGACUGCGUCCAUCAUGCACCUCUGCGCUAUCUCCCUGGAUCGCUACAUUGCUAUCCGGAACCCGAUUGAGCAUAGCCGCUUCAACUCUCGCACCAAGGCCAUUAUUAAGAUUGCCAUUGUCUGGACUAUCUCGAUGGCUGUGUCUGUGCCCAUCCCAAUCAUCGGUCUGAGGGAUGAGAGCAAGGUCUUUGUGAAUGGAAGCUGCACUCUGAACGAACCCAACUUUGUGCUGAUUGGCUCCUUCGUGGCGUUUUUCAUUCCUCUUUUCAUUAUGGUUAUCACCUACUGCCUGACCAUUCAGGUCUUGCAGGGCCAGAGCCAGGUGUUUGGGGGCGAGAGGCGUAGGAAGCGCUCCAAGUUUGGCUGCCUGCGGAGGGAGAGGAGUGCCAACAACAUCUCCACGAUCCACAACCCCAAUGCCAUUCGUAUUAUUUCUCCGGGCCAUCGGGAGGGUUAUCGUAAGGGUACCAUGCAAGCCAUUGCUAAUGAGCGUAGGGCCUCCAAGGUGCUUGGCAUUGUUUUCUUUCUCUUCCUGCUCAUGUGGUGCCCAUUCUUUGUCACUAAUAUCAUGGCGGUUAUGUGCACUCAGUCCUGCCGCAAGUCAACUCUUGAUGAGCUCCUGAGUGUGUUCGUUUGGAUUGGUUAUGUGUGCUCUGGCAUCAACCCCCUAGUGUACACCCUUUUCAACAAGACCUACCGCCGGGCCUUCCUUAAGUACCUUAGCUUUGGAUGGCUGGGGAAAACCAAGAGCCCCCCCCGGCAGAUCCCACUCAGUGCUGCUAACCUGUACCCCAGGGAAUACCCUGGGAGGGACUUUGUCCCAACUGGAUUUACCCCAAGGGAGUAUUGCGUGACUCAUGAGGAGGAGGAGGAUGAUGAUGUGCCCCAGAUUUAUCCCCUUGAGGAGAGGUCCAUUGAGGAGAGGUCCAUUGAGGAGAGGUCCAUUGAGGAGAGGUCCAUUGAGGAGAGGCCCAAUACUGAGUUGGUUGAGGUGGUGAUUGAGAUGGCACCUUGCUCUCCCCAGCCGAUAGUUGAGGAUACCUGUACUAUGGUCGAUGAGAAAGUCACUACCGUUUAAGGAGGUCUCGCCCCGAGCUUCGGCUCACCAUGAAGGCCUGGCAUAGGAAAUCCAGUCGAGUGAAUUAGAGCACAGGAGAUUGACUCGCAAGAAUUUCCUGUGCCAUUUAGAGACCCCUGUAAAUACAGCAUUCUGAGCAAAGGUUUCUGAGUAUGGCUUUACAAUCUUGUACUUUGAUUCAUGCCUUUGAGUGAGGUUUAAAGUUUUAUAUUUACUGUACACAAGAGGUUUCUAUAAGACAAUUUACCUGAAUCUGUUCUAUUGGCGGACUAAAAAAAGUCAAUUUCUUUUUAAGUACUGGAGGAAGAAAAGGGCUGUCUCUCUUGGGUGGCAUUUCCCUCGAAACCCAAGAAGGUGCACGCAGCCAUGGCCACAGGCCACACUAAAACCUACCCAUCUGGAAGCACGUUUUUUUUUCCAGACUGACAGUAAAUAUAUGCUUUAUAUUCUUGCUCUCUUCAUGCACACACAUUAUCAUGAUGAGAUGGGGUUCUGGCCUCAGUAACUCACCGGUGGCAUUCAUCCACCAAGGGGUUCUCCAUCAGAGGUAGAACCAAGCUUUGUUCAAUGUUGAGGCAAACCAAGACAUCAUCUGAAAGUUUGAGCCAAUUUUAUCAGUAUUUGACAACAAUGUUUAUCUCCCAAAUGUAGUGAUAUGCUACUAUAGCAGCAAGGUAACUGGGACUGUGGAGUGGAAGGACAAUAAGAGAUACAUACACCACCAACUUGUCACCUCCCGAGGACCACAUUUCAAAUUUGGAUUUCGGCACCAAGUGAUUGGAAAUUAGCAUUCUCUUGGUGGUCCUCGGUCAAAAAACCUAGUCCCACGAUGGAGCUUGGUGAUGCAAUCCCAGCACUAUCUACCCAUUCUGGGAUUUGAGAUUCCUUGGGAGGUCAAACCCUUGAUCCUACAAUUCCUGAUUGCUUUAGAGAAAAAUCAAGCAAGCAAAAAAAAUAAUUAAAGGCAGACUUAUAAUACCUUCUAGCCUUAUAUUGACAGAGAUUUUAGGAGAAAAAAAAAUAAACUAAAAGAAAGAAUCAAGUACCUCUCUUUAGGGCAAACUUCCGUAGUCCUUUCUCAAGCAAAGCUUAGAGCAGGAGUUUGAGGGGUAACACCUACAAAGUCAAGAGAAGGAGACUUUUCGAGUCUUAACUUGAUUCAGUACUACGGAAGUAGGCCCUUGGAAUGUCAAUCUAUCAAAAUGCUUAUCUGACUCUGGGAAAAAAGAAAUACAGAGUUUCCAUUGGAUUUUUAAAAGCUAAAGUUAUCUCCUGUUUGGAUCCUUCCUCACACUAGCUAGUAUAAGAAAAGGCUGCAGCUGAUUUGUGCAAGUGGCAAGAUUGUCAUCGUAUUAUAAUCAUGUACAAGAAGUUAAGCCUUGUGACUAAAUUGUGUUGUGUUCUAAUUUGUGUGUUCUUCGCGGGUCUGCCGCUCUUUUAAGGAUUCCAUUUCAGUUCCAUGACCAUCCUCACUCAGAGCACCAACAACAGUGCUCGAGAAUUACUCACGUCUGGUCAUCCAGUCUAUGCUGUGUGCAGAGUAGACAAGUGUCCCCAGUGAUUGUGUCUCCGUGCGUGUGUCCAUUUCACACAGAUCUGUGGCUUUCCAGGAGGAUUCCAUGAUGCUAGCUUAUGCCCGACAUUAUUUGCACGGCCUCCGAGUGUACGUUCCAAACUCUGGAAACUGGAGGUGGCAGAAUCUGAAUAUCCAGAACCCCUGGCCCUAAUCUUUGAUGGCUCGUGAAAAGUCCAAUGUGAGAUCACCAAGAUAGUUAGAGAAUGAAAACCAAGGGGCAGUGAGAGAGCCUCUGCACUGGUCAAAACCAGCGUGGCCUCAGCCUGCUUUGCAACACUGCCAGGUGUCGGUCAUUUCUUCGAGCAUGGAUUUCUCCUUCUCCCCACCCCCCCCCAAAAAAAAGCGUCACCAGAAGGUCCAAGUCAACUUGCCCGUCUGCUCUGUCGAAACACGUCUAAGCGUUCCUACGACCAGCCGGACGAAAUCCAGCUCGUCCGUCCCAAAAUGACACAGUCUAAAGUAGCCCCCCCAUGCGAACCACGUGUGUCGCACAAUUCCAUCUCUGUGUAUUUCCGUACGGCAGAGUAGCUGAAACUCCAAGGGACUGAAACACACCUCCUUUAGCAGCCCUCAAGCUGAUUUAAGACCCCUCCCUCCCCCCUGGUUCAGAUCUGAAGUAUUGAGAAUCGGAGAAAAUGGGAAACAUCUUAUUUCUUCUGUCAAAUAUAAAGGGCAAGCUCAUAGCACAUGUUAACAAGAGAUCCUUUGAAAAACCCACAGACUUUCAAUUGCACUAGCAAUAAACUCCAACGAUAACUAGCUUAGAGCACAUUUGUGGACAGUCUCCAUAUUGUCACACAGUAGCAUCAAGUAAAUCUCACAUGGUCAUGGUUCUCUGACUCCUGUGCCAAUCACCCAUUUUCUGUGUUCAAUAUUAAACUAAUAUCUAUAUCGACAAUUUCUCUUAAUGUCUAUUAACUAUCCUGAAUGUUUAAAAAAAUUGAAAAAACUUGCCUGAUAGAUGUAUUAAUUGCAACCUAAAUGUUCAAUGAAAUCUCUAUAUUGAUGUAGAAUUAUAAUCUCUAUAUUAGUGAUAAGAACUAAUGAUUGCCUCGUAAAUGCCCCCUCUCUCUCCCUGGCCCCUUGUCUGAAGGUAGCCUUUGUGAGUAGUCUCUAGGUAGCUUGCUGUCCCCAUACCUGGUGCCUAGAUAUAGAUCACUCGCACCAGAUCUUUGUAACAUUUUACUUAACUUAUUAAAUAAAUAGUAAGUGUUCAGUUA